CAUUUUUGUUAGAAAACAACAUUACAUUACGUUGACAGAUAAUUCGAUUUCGUAAUAACGAGUGGUAUUUAGCGAUAAGAAACUGAUACAAGGUAACGAUAUAAAGGUAAUAGCUAUAAGUAAGUACUUACGAAAAUUUCACAUGUUAAGUAGUGAUCAAACAGUAGUGUGAGCAAAAUGUCAAUAAUAAUACACAAGACCGCCGUCAGCCCACCGGCCCGAGCGACCUUGAUGCUUACGAAAAUACUUGGCCUUAACGUCGAAACUCGCGAAGUUCAACUGCCUACAAGAGAACAAUUUAAACCUGCGUACUUGAUGAAGAAUCCCAUGCACACAGUACCUUUGCUAGAAGACGGCGGCUUCGUACUAGCUGAUAGCCAUGCGAUCAUGACAUAUUUAACCUCAAAAUACGGAGGCACAAAACAAGAGUUGUACCCUAAGGAUGUGGCAGCAAGAGCUAUAGUCGACCAACGCUUAUACUUUGACGCUUCAAUCUUGUUUCCACAUCUGAGAUCUGUGAUUAAUAAGGUUGUGAAAUCUAGGGCACCGGGACUCACAACCGAGCAAAUUGCUGAUAUCGAGGAAUCAUAUUACAUUGCUGAUAAGUAUCUCGAAGCGACGCGGUAUGUAGCUGGUGACGUGUUGUCCUUGGCGGACAUAUCGUGUGUUGCCACAAUCUCUUCGUUAAACUCUAUAAUUGAAAUCGACGAAAAAUAUGUAAAGCUGCGGGAAUGGUGGGCGCUACUUCAGAAAGAGGACUGGUACCAGAAAGAAAAUGAGCCUGGCUUAAGGCUUUUUGACGGUUUUAUUAAAAAGUUUCUUUAAUUUUUUUUUAAAUCUUUUCAGUCCGUCGCAUAUGUAAUUGCAAAAUAAGGAUUUAUACUCGGAACGCGUGCUGCUUGCAAUGGCUGGGCGGUCUGCUUACCUUGAUCUUAGUAGCUGAUAGUUAAAUGUCAUAAUGACUUGUA